UGGCCAAUCGCGGCGGAGCGCGGAGAGAGGACGCCCCGCUCGUGACCGCGCACGCAGCGCCUGUUUUUAAUCGGGGGCGCGGACGUGCGCGCUCCCGCUGAGUCUUUUGUGUGGCGGCGUCGAGAGAAGCGCAAACACAAUAACCAUGGCCGACGAGAAACCCAAGGAGGGGGUAAAGACGGAGAACAACGACCACAUCAACCUGAAGGUGGCGGGACAGGACGGGUCAGUGGUCCAGUUUAAAAUUAAGAGACACACACCCCUCAGCAAGCUCAUGAAGGCCUACUGUGAGAGACAGGGACUGACGAUGAGGCAGAUUCGAUUCCGGUUUGACGGACAGCCGAUUAACGAGACAGACACGCCCGCACAGUUAGAGAUGGAGGAUGAAGACACAAUUGACGUUUUCCAGCAACAGACAGGAGGACACAUCUGAAUGACCAUCUCUCUCUCUCUCUCUCUCUCUCCGCUCCUCAUGGUUAUCUAUAACUGCUGUUGUAUAGUGUUUUCAGUUCAUCAUGUUUUUCUUUCGUUUUGUACAUAAAGGGUUUCUGCUGCAGUAAUUAUUACAUUGGGAUUUUUAAUUGGUUUGAAAUCUGACAUGUAAAGCAUCAUCUGUGUAUAGACCAACUAAUACAUAUUUCCCCUUAAGAUGUGUGGGUUUUGUUCUGGCCUGGAUCUGAGCUCACAGGCUUUUUCCAGAAGUGAUAAAGAAAUGUUCUGCUCUGUUAUACUUCACGCAGACAAACCUGCAAUUCGGAUCGGCUUUCUGUUUUCCAUUCAGACAAAUUGGUUUUAAGACUUUUUAUUGUAGUGGUCACGUAAAGUGCGAGUCUUGUGUUAACCAGGCUUUUCCUCGAGUGCGUUCGAGCGAAGUCCUGUUUCAGACAAGUCCAGCAUCUGUCUGUAUUGUCUAAUCUCUUGUUGAAAUAAAAUAUUCUCUUUUUA